AUGGCGACCAACGACGCUACCCAGACGGAGAGAACCCACGAAGCCCCGCAAUAUCCUGCCGUCUCAGCAGUUGCACUCAAACUUCCGUGUUUCUGGCCUGCAGACCCUGCUCUUUGGUUCGCUCAAGUCGAGGCCCAGUUUACUACAAGAAGAAUUGUGUCUCAGGAAACAAAAUUCCAUCACGUUAUUGCGGCCCUAACGCCAACCGAAGCAGCUGAGGUGCGCGAUAUCAUCCUCGCCCCUCCGACCGAGCAGCCAUACGACGCGUUGAAACGCGAGCUCAUCCGCCGCACCACCCUCUCCGAGCAGAAGCGUCUGCAACAGCUCCUAACAGCCCAAGACCUGGGGGACCGCAAACCAUCGCAGUUGCUUCGUGGCAUGCGCCAGCUCCUGGGAGAGAAGGCGUCGAAGAUGGACGACUCCCUCCUCCGCCAACUGUUUCUCCAACGCCUCCCUGCAAAUGUUUGCAUGGUUCUUGCAGCGGCUGGCGACUUGCCCCUCGAUGACCUCGCCGCUCUCGCUGACAGGGUGUUGGAGGUGCUGAGGUCAGUGCGGUUCCGGCGACGCGUGCAGAUCGGCAAGGCCAACCAACAUACAAUCUGCAAGCCGUGA